UUGAGUACUCUGUCGUGUUUAUCAGUGAUUUGGGUUGCGUUAAUUUAGCGUUGGAUUUGAAUCCCAACUAUUGAUGAACGUGUUGACGACCUAUUUUGGUCCCUUAACAAUUAUUCUUCCAUGAGAUGUCAGUUUAUCUUGAUGAUGCUUAUCUUACUCAUUUCAAACUCAUCUGAAACAAAAUGAAGGGUCAGAAUGACUUCAAAUUUUGUUAAUUAGAAUAGAAGACUUGAGUGUACACUGGUAGUUGAACAAUGGCUGCAAAGGAUCUUUCAGGUUUUCCUGUACUUACAUUUCCUCAAAGACCAGAUUAUGGAUCUGAAGGAUCAGCAAUAAAAUUAAGGGCUAAUCAUUUUCCCAUCACACUGAAAGCUUGCAAAUUGCAUCAUUAUGAUGUUACUAUAACUCCAGAUAAAUGUCCCAGGAAAGUUAAUAGAGAAAUUAUUAAUACUAUGUUAUCAGCUUACACAAAAAUAUUUGGAUCUCAAAAACCAGUCUUUGACGGACGAAAAAACAUGUAUGCAAGGAAUUCGUUCCACAUGCCUGGAAAUAAGAUGGAUAUAGAAGUUACUCUACCUGGAGAGGGAAAGGAUCGUGUCUUUAAGGUUGUAUUAAAGUAUAUCGAUGAAUUAGAUUUGAGAUUUUUGGAUGAAGCUCUGAGUGCUCCUUGUGGAUCUCAAAUUCCUGUACCUAAUGGAGCCAUUCAUGCCUUAGAUGUUAUCAUGAGACAUUUACCAAGCAUGAAUUUUACACCAGUUGGUAGAUCAUUCUUUUCAUCACCUGUUGGCUACUAUCAUCCUUUAGGGGGUGGUAGGGAAGUGUGGUUUGGAUAUCAUCAAAGUGUUCGUCCCAGUCGAUGGAAAAUGAUGCUUAACAUUGAUGUAUCUGCCACUGCAUUUUAUAGAAGUUUACCAGUUGUUGACUUUUUGGCUGAAGUUAUUGAAGCUAAAGAACCUUUGACAAAACCUAUCACUGAUUCUCAAAGGGUCAAAUUCACCAAGGAAAUCAAAGGUUUAAAGAUAGAAAUAACACACUGCGGCACAAUGAGAAGAAAAUACAGAGUUUGCAAUGUUACUAGACGUUCAGCACAAAUGCAGGCGUUCCCUUUACAGUUAGAUAGUGGUCAGACUGUUGAGUGCACUGUUGCAAAAUAUUUCCUUGAUAAGUACCAACUUAAAUUAAGGUAUCCUUUUCUUCCUUGCUUGCAAGUUGGACAAGAGCAUAAGCAUACGUAUUUGCCUCUGGAAGUUUGUAAUAUAGUUGCUGGUCAGCGAUGUAUGAAGAAGCUAACUGAUACACAAACUUCUACCAUGAUUAAGGUUACUGCACGCUCUGCACCUAACAGGCAAGAAGAUAUCAGUAAAUUGGUUAAAAAAAAUGACUAUAGUGAAGAUCCUUACAUAAAAGAAUUUGAUCUUCACAUAUCAAACACAAUGGUUGAAGUGAAAGGACGUGUCUUGCCACCUCCUAGACUGCAGUAUGGAGGAAGGACUAGAGAGCAAGCUAUACCUCAUCUGGGAGUGUGGGAUAUGCGUGGCAAGCAGUUUCAUACUGGGAUUGAAAUCAAAGUGUGGGCAAUAGCAUGUUUUGCCUCUCAUCGUUCAUGCCAAGAGGAUGCUUUGAAAUCAUUUAUCCAGCAGCUUCAGAAGAUAAGUAAUGAUGCUGGAAUGCCCAUAUGUGGGCAGCCUUGCUUUUGCAAGUAUGCAACAAAUGCUGAUCAAGUUGAACCCAUGUUUAGGUACCUAAUGAAUCAGUUCAAUGAUUUGCAGCUUAUAAUUGUGGUGCUGCCAGGAAAGACUACAGUUUAUGCGGAAGUGAAACGUGUAGGAGAUACUGUUUUGGGAAUAGCCACUCAAUGUGUACAGGCCAAAAAUGUAAAUAAAACUUCACCACAAACCCUGUCAAAUUUAUGUUUAAAGAUCAAUGUGAAACUUGGUGGUAUUAACAGUAUUCUUGUUCCAAGUAUUAGGGCAAAAGUUUGUAAUGAACCCGUGAUAUUUUUUGGAGCUCACAUACUUCAUCCUCCUGCUGCUGAUACCUGCAGGAAGCCAACUGUUGCUGCUGUUGUUGGCAGCAUGGAUGCUCAUCCCAGUCGUUAUGCUGCUGCAGUUCGAGUUCAGGGUAGCCGUCAAGAAAGUAUACAAGAUUUGUCAACAAUGGUUAAAGAACUUCUCAUUCAGUUUUAUCGUGCAACACGUUUUAAACCAUUAAGAAUAAUUAUGUACCGUGAUCAUGUUUCGGAAGGCCAACUUCUUCCAGUUUUAAGUCAAGAGCUUCUUGCUAUACGAGAAGCUUGUCUGAAGUUAGAAUCUGACUACAAACCUGGGAUAACAUAUAUUGUGGUUGAGAGGAGACAUCAUACCAGAUUAUUUUGUGCUGACAAAAAAUAUCAAAUUGGUAAAAGUGGAAAUGUUCCAGCUGGAACAACUGUAGAUUCUUUUAUCACUCACCCAUCUGAAAAUGACUUUUAUCUGUGUAGUCAUGCUGGUAUUCAAGGAACAAGUAGGCCAGCUCAUUAUCAUGUACUCUGGGAUGAUAAUCAGUUUAAAUCUGAUGAACUACAGUCUCUAACAUAUCAAUUAUGUCACACAUAUGCUCGCUGUACUAGAUCUGUUUCUAUUCCUGCACCUGUAUAUUAUGCACAUUUGGUAGCUUUUCGUGCUCGCUAUCAUAUGACAGAGAAGGAACAUGAUAGCGGAGAUGGCAGCCAUCAAUCAGCCAAUGGCGAAGACAAGACACACAAAGCUCUAGCAAGAGCUGUAACAGUACAUUCCAAUUCUAAUAAAGUGAUGUAUUUUGCGUAACUUUUUCUUUAUUACGUGCAGGUUGUUUUAUAUUUGUACAUAAAUUAUGUUAAUACUGUAGGUUGUCCAUAACUUUUAUAUAACUUAAAAAUUAUGAACUUUUAUGCUGCAUUGGUUUUUAAUGAAUUGAAUAGUCAUCAUUCAUAAAUGAUCUUUGUGCACAUAUUUGAGCUCCUUAAUUUCAAUAAAAAAUUUCUUUAAAUUUAAGUAUUUAUUUAUUAAUAUUUUAAUUGUGAAUCUUCCUUUAAAAUGUUAAAUAUUAAUCUUUUAUUACAUGAUUUGUAAGCAUGUAUUUUUUAAUAAAAAAUUCAUAUAUUUGAUAGAGUAAUAAUAUGUAACUGUGCCAACUGUAUAAAAAGCCAUCUGAGUGUCAUUUAAUUUUGAAGCCAUCUGUUCAUAACCUUAUUCACAUAUGUGUAAGUUGAUUGGUACAGUAAUUUAUUUUCUUAAAAUCUGUUUUCUUGAAAAUUAUUUACAACUUAUAAAAGGUAGCAAAAUAUGAUAAACAACCAAGUAAUAAAUAGGGAAUAAAAAUAAAUCGUGAAAAACAGAAGUGAUCAUGCCCUAUAGAGGGUAAUGCUUUUAAAUGAAAUUUUUUAAUCAAAAGAUAUAUUUUUUGACUAAAAUAUAUUAAUCAUGUUCCUAUUAUAUUGUAUUUUUUGUAUUAUCAUGUGAGGGAAAAGAAAACUUGAUUGUGUCUUUUGUCAUGAGUGAUGAUGUAUUUUUCAUAUUUCUAUUUAUAUACAUCUGUGACAUUUAUGUUCUUGUAUUUUGAAUCUAUGAAAUGUAUUUAUAUGCAGUUUAUGCAACCCUUUAUUAAUAAUGCUAAUAUUAAACAAUUUUAUAAAUAAUUUUACCUUUGAUAUUUACAUGUUGUUAGUAUUUUAAUAUGCAAAUAAUAUUCUUAUAAAGCUGCACUUGUAAUAUGUAAAGGAAACAACUGCACUGUAUUAUUUCAUAUUGGUUUGUCCAAAAUGUUCUAUAAUUUCUGUAUAAAAUUCUCUUUGGCCAUGUUUUACUGAAUUUCUGUUACAGAGGAAUUGCAAAAUAUUAAGUUGUUCUGCUUUGUUUCAUUAUUAUUUUAUUAACUUUUUUAUUGUCCCUUAAAAGAAAUAGCAUUGAAGAAAGCAGUUAUUAUUAAAAAAGGGAAAAAAGUUAUUGACUUUAGUGAUGAAUUGUAGAUUUGAUUGCAUAAAUGAAUAAGACUUCUGACAUUUUUUUUUUUUUUUUUUAAUUUAUUGAAAGUCUCACACCGUUCAUAGAGAUAAGUAUACUAUAUAUUGGCAAGGAAACAGAAUUGAAGCUAAAUAAUGAUAGAUAAAUGAAGAUGUAAUAGAUAUAUAAGAAAUAAAAUUAUCAUAAAGAUAAAUCAUGAUCAUAUUCAAGCAAAAUUAAAUAUAAAUUUUAGCAUUGGUUACACAAAAUUUAAUGUUUGUUGCUAUUAAAAUAUGUCAAGAACACUUGUUUUUAUGUGAGUGAUUUCUAAGAUGAUGAGAACUAAGGUACUCUUCUGUGAUCAGGACCAGAUUCAUUCAAGAUUGUAUGUAUGUGUUCACACAUAUAAAUGCAUAUGUACAUAUACACAUUCAUCCAUACAUACAUACAUGCAUGCAUGCAUGCAUACAUACAUACAUACAUUUCUGAAUCCGGUCCAGAUUACAGAAGAGUACCAGAACUAGUAAACAUGUUGUAGUAGCAAACAUUGCAUUAAUAUGAAACUUAAAUUUUGUUGCAAAAAGGGUCCUAUUUUUUAUUUAUCUGCUUUUCUGUUAUAAUUACAGCCUCUCAGAUUAUUUUUAUCUUUAACAGAAAAAGAAAAGAAGUUUUGUUUAAAAGCUAAAUAGCCAGGAAAUACAAUAAUUAUUAUUUAUUGGUACCUUUUAAUUUUGUGCCCAAGGAAAUAAUUUAGUCAUUCUUAUUUUUCAGAGUUUCUGAAAUUUUUAAUGUACUAUUUAUUGUUAAUUUUAAUAGUUUAAAUAGGAAGGAAACAAUUCAUUGCUAGAGUUAUGCAUUAUAUUUUGCUGUUAUGUAGUAUUUUUCUGUAUUUGUCCCUGUUUGUAAGUAUUUGGUGUGUAAAUAUUUUUCUGAUAUUUAAAUCCAUCAGUUAGUUUAAUAAUUAGUUACUACUAUGCAUGCUAGAUAAUUAUAUUUUAUAUCCGUAUAUAAAUGUUGAACAAAUGUUUAAGUUCUUUAACCACUUAACAGAUUCUUUUUUCCGUCAUAUUAUGACAAAAAAUAAGCAUAUUUUUGAUAAACAUUUUUAUGAAGAAAGUCAUUAUAUAAACCCAAAUCAGCAGUCAGAACUAUUACAAGUAUUGAAUUUAUUGAUUUAUGCUAAUUUUUAUUUUCAUCGUAAAAAGCACAUAUUUCCUUAAAGUUGGCUUUUUUCGAACAAGUAAGCGAACUGGAAAACACACUUUACAAAAAUAGAUGUCAGAAUUUAAAAUGUUUUAUUGUUAUUACAUAUCUGUUCGAUUCCAAAGAAGAAUUAUUAAUAUCAUGAAAGAAGGAUUAUUAAUAUCAAGUUCAUAAAAGUUCCAAAUUUGCGUUAGAUUAUCUAUACUUUCCGUUUCUUCAUCACUAGAGAAGUCAGACAACAAACUGCCAUUACUUCCAGAAUCAUUUAGUGAAAUUUCAGAUUCACUAUCUGAGUCAAUAUCAGAGUUAUAUCUUCAGUUAUAAGCUUCUCAUUAUCAUUCAUUUCUUCUUUUAUUUUAGCUCCAAAUUUAAAACAAAUAGUAUUCGCAGUAGCCGGAACACCGGAGCUAGUGAAAAGAAAUUUCGCGCCUUUAUUU